AGUACCGUUGCCAAAAUAGCACGAGAAAAAAAAAUUACAGAUCCGUAUUAUUAGAUCAAGUAAAAAGCGGCAGAUGAGAUGAGACUCGGAGAAGGAUUUUAUAUAUUCAAUUCGACCAUACAACGGUUAGAUUCGACCUUGGCUUUGGCACGGCGUAGUCCAGUUCAAGGAUAAAAACCUGAUCAUGAUGAUGUAUGACAACAACACAGACCUGAAUAACUGAAUAAUAGUUUAAAGUCGAUCAUACGAGGACGCCGCGUCAUAGAAAUAAACCCUCGGCACUUUUUAAAGGAAUUAUUCGCGAGUGAUUUCUGUGUUGUUUUUUUUUUGUUUUGCCUGUGAUAGAGAUGGACCCUUUUAGAGAGUUCCUCGGUCCUACUGACACCAAACAAGAGCGUCUCCUCGCAUUCUUUCGCGAUCAAAAAUACGUCGACUGCAUAUUCCGGAUCGAGGAUGAAGAAAUCAAAGCGCACAAACUGGUUUUGGCCUGUUGCAGUCCCGUUUUCGAAAAAAUGCUCUUCGGAGACCUCGCCACCGACGAGAUCAUCGUCGAGGAUGUCAAAAUCGAAGAGUUCACACAGAUGCUAGAAUACGUUUACACCGAGAGUAUUAGUUUUAGUUCAAUCUCAAAUGCCUGGUCAGUAUUUUACGUUGCUCAAAAAUAUUUUAUUAACGAUCUUGUUGAUGUAUGUUUAAGUUAUGUUAAGCAAAACGUUACGUUAAGCACAUUGGUUUUGAGUUUUGAAUACUCUGAGCUGUACAAUUUGAAUAAUAUGAAGAUGGCUUAUAUGCAUGAUAUAAUUCAAGCUGUGGGAAGUGUUAUGGAGGGCGAUUAUCACAUGAAACCGUCCACAUUAAGAUCUCUAUUGAACGAAGAUCUUUUAAUCACAAAAAGUGAUCUCUUAUGCAAAAUUCUAGAUUGGGCUUUGGUCGAAUGCGAAUGCAGAGGCCUCGGCGCUAAUCCAGAGACUCUGGUCGAAAUUCUUAAACAGGAAAACCUUUUAAAGCAUAUUAACAAACGAUGGUUAUUCGAUAUAACGUGCGAAUACUGUAACGAAACUUUGAUCAUGUGCGACUGCGUUGAUGAUCGCUUACAUAAAACCUUAAUGUACCUGAGCAGUGACUCUAUUUUAGAUGAGAAAGAAGACUUAGUAGCACAUAAUGCCAAAGUUUUGCCGUCCAUUUGCAAAGUACGUAAAGUUUACAAAAUUGCUCGUAGAAUAGAUUUACAUAAUAACGAAGCGUUUCUUUCGGGUUUAUCGACUAAUUGCGACCUAGUUGUGACCGGUUUGUUUCUUUGCACUGAAAUGAACGGGAGCUUCGACGAUUCUUCUCAGGAAUAUAAGGGGCAAGUUACUAUAAGAUUUUGCGAAUUAGGCUCCGAUGAAAAUAUAGUAAAACCUACAAUAUUGAACGGGUCAUUCCCUUAUAACUCUGAAAUGUUCAUACCCCUAAGGUAUCCGGUUACAAUAAAAUUAUAUAGCUUGUAUAACAUACGAAUCUCAUAUAAGAACUUUGGCAAUAAGGAGCGGUCUAGUAUUGUAUGUAGUUAUAUGAGCGAUGAACUGGUAGAUUAUAAGCGAAGCGGUCUUUUAGGUGAACCCCCGAAAUUGUUUUUCUAUGAUAUGUUUGGAACGAUCGUGAAAGGGGUUGCGUUUCUUCCUUUAUGACGCCUCUUAUAGCUGAUAAUAAUUUAUUUAGAUUUAUAGGUAUUUAUUUUCAUUUAUAAAUAUUGAAUAUAUGCAUGAAAAAUUAAUUAUCGUAUUUAUUUAAUUUGAAUAAAAUUAUGCGCAAGAAUAUGGGCCCUAAAAAAGCGAUAUCUCAGCUAAUAUGAGAGCUACAACUCAAUUAGAAUUUUUCCGAUAGGGCCCAUAAAAGCCGAGAUAUCGACCUUCAAAAUUUGGGUUUUUUCACCAUUAAAUUUGGUUUUUGAAAUUAGUUUAACGCGUUGAAGGACACCUGCUUUUCCCUUAGGUUAAUAUAUCGGCACUAGCGGCAUAUACCGCAAAGCGUAAAGCGCUUUGGUGGACACUGGCGUGAUAUAACGCGUUUGCUGUAUGGCGGUUUUAUAGCAGUUAGCGUCAAAUGCCGAUAAUUUACUAUGUAUUUAGGGUAGGCUGGGCACCAAAUACUCAGAGCCACUGGGAAAAUACACCAGUGUCUUUCAAGCGGAAAUACACGCUAUAGAAAGAUGCGCUCAAUUAAUCCUGAACAAAGACUACCUCAAGCAGGACAUCGCAAUCUUCACCGACAGUCAAGCAGCCAUAGCAGCACUGAGUUCACAUGUCAUCAGUUCUAAAAUGGUAAGAGACUGUUUGGGCAAACUUAAUGAGGUAGGAAAGAGAAAUAAAGUCACAAUAUUGUGGGUACCUGGACAUACAGGCGUGCAAGGUAACGAAGAAGCCAAUAUUCUGGCAAAAAAGGGAUCUGGUUCUCAAUUUGUAGGACCGGAACCUUUCUGCAUCAUAGGAAAGAAUACUUACCUAUAUGAGCUUACAAAAAUGGAGGAUCAACUCAGAGAAAGCCUCUGGGAUGAUCAUCCAGGGUUGAGACACUCCAAGAUGUUCCUUGGAACCCUCGACCCAAAAAAAUCUAAAGCUCUAGUAAGUGUAACUAAAACUAAACUACGGAUUGUAACAGGAUUCCUAACAGGGCACUGUCACCUUCGAGAGCACCGCAGGAAACUAAAACUAGAACAGACAGGUGAAUGCAGAUUCUGUGGGGAAGAGGAAGAGACCCCAGAACACCUAGUAACUGCAUGCGAAACAGUUGCCGAAAGUCGUGCCAUGCACCUCGGUAAUUAUGAAAUUCCAGAAGGAAAUAUCACAUUACUGGAACCGUCACAACUACUAGCCUUUAUUAAAGCCAUAGGAUUGUACGAAGUAAUUUGACUUGAGAAUAACAUCAAGCAGUAAUCAGACAGGGGCACACAAUAGAUCUUUUAGGUCGCAGUGAAACUUCACCCUUAUUUUAAUCUAAUCUAAUCUAAUCUAGGGUAGGCUGUCAUUCUAAAAACCCGCUGGCAUAUAUUUAGGACGAGUAGUACAAAAAAUUCUCUGGUUUCGGGUUAUAGUAGUUUAUUGAUGACCGCGGUCCAGUUAGCACGUGUUUAUAAAAAAAUAAAUUAAAAAAUGGACGAAAACGAACGGCAAAAACUUCUUAAACUUUACGAAGAGUGUGAUACAGAUGAAAUGUCUUCAGAAUAUGACCCCUUUAGCGGAGAUGAUGACUCGGACUACGAAGCCGAUAGUGGCGAAUUAAACGAAAGUUCAAGUGAUAGUGAACUGGAAAAUAAAAAUUAUCAAAGGGAUAGACGUAAGUUUAUCUAUCGUAUUAUGAUAUUGUCAAAUAUUGAGUAAAAAAACU